ACGUAGGCUGCCAGAGCCGAAAGUGCGGAAAGCGCCACUGCCAAGAUGGCGAACCGAACAGUGAAAGACGCGCACAGCGUCCAUGGCACCAACCCGCAAUACCUGGUGGAGAAAAUCAUACGGACCCGAAUCUAUGAGUCCAAGUACUGGAAGGAGGAGUGUUUCGGUCUCACUGCUGAGCUGGUGGUGGAUAAGGCCAUGGAGCUGAAAUACAUCGGAGGAGUUUUUGGAGGGAACAUCAAGCCUACACCUUUCUUGUGCCUGGCCUUGAAAAUGCUGCAGAUCCAGCCGGAGAAAGACAUCAUUGUGGAGUUUAUCAAGAAUGAAGACUUCAAGUAUGUCCGUGCAUUGGGUGCGCUCUACAUGCGACUGACCGGUACUGCCAGCGACUGCUACAAAUAUCUGGAGCCACUGUAUAACGAUUACCGCAAAAUCAAGACCCAGAACCGCGACGGAGAAUUUGAGCUGAUGCACGUCGACGAGUUCAUAGAUGAGCUUCUCCACAGCGAACGAAUCUGUGACAUUAUAUUGCCUCGCUUGCAGAAACGCUACGUGCUUGAGGAGACUGAGCAGCUGGAUCCUCGUGUCAGCGCUUUGGAAGAAGAUAUGGAUGAUGUAGAGUCCAGUGAGGAGGAAGAUGAGGAGGACGAUAAGGGCAGGGCUCCUACUCCCGACCAUCACAGACGAAGCUACAGAGACUUGGACAGACCACGUAGAUCUCCUUCACCGCGCUACAGGAGGAGCCGCAGUCGUUCUCCCAGAAGAAGGAGCCGUUCCCCUAAGAGAAGAAGUCCGUCUCCACCCCGCAGAGAGCGACACCGCAGCAAGAGUCCAAGGAGACACCGUAGCAGAUCUAGAGAGAGACGCCAUCGGUCAAAAUCGAAAUCACCAGGGCAUCAUCGAAGUCACAGACACCGAAGCCACUCAAAGUCUCCAGAGAGGUCAAAGAAGAGUCACAAAAAGAGCAGACGUGGGAACGAGUGACCAGACAGUAUUGGACGCACUAUUCCAUUAUCCAGGACCUUUUGUAUAUAAUAGACGCGCUCACUUGGUGACAGUUUAACCUGUCACUGUGCAGAACAUGACAUCGAUUCAGUCACUUGACUUUUUUAAUAAA